AGUUUAGAUCUUUCGAGAAUAGAUCGGGUUAUCAGGUGUUCAUUUCGGUCUCAUGGUCAGCACGACUCUGGCCUUCCGAUGGCGGCGAUUGAGCCGGUACCGGAGAGCUGGUAUCGACAGUGGAGGAGCGGACCCUUGGGGACAGAGAGGGGGUGGUGGAAGAUGGGUUGGAAAGCCAUCUCAGAUGGAAAAUUGGCUGUGUUGCUUUUAUCUGGCGGCCAGGGAACUCGGCUUGGUGGUUCAGAUCCAAAGGGGUGCUUCAAUAUUGGGCUUCCAUCUGGAAAGUCGCUAUUUCAACUCCAAGCUGAGCGGAUUUUGUGUGUUCAGAGUUUAGCUGCUGAAGCCAUAAAUGAUGGUUCUGCUGGUUCAGUGCAAAUACAUUGGUAUAUUAUGACAAGUCCAUUCACUGAUGAGGCCACACGCAAAUUUUUUGAAAGUCACAAGUUUUUUGGCCUUGAACCUGAUCAAGUUACAUUUUUUCAACAAGGAACCAUACCUUGCGUUUCGAAAGAUGGUAGAUUUAUAAUGGAAACUCCAUACAAAGUAGCUAAGGCUCCAGAUGGGAAUGGAGGAGUUUAUACAGCUCUGAAAUCUUCAAAAUUAUUAGAAAAUAUGUCCAUGAGAGGAAUUAAAUAUGUGGAUUGCUAUGGUGUCGACAAUGCAUUGGUUCGUGUAGCUGAUCCAACUUUCUUGGGUUAUUUCAUUGAUAAAGGUGUUGUUACCGCUGCCAAGGUUGUUCGUAAGGCAUACCCCCAAGAAAAGGUUGGUGUCUUUGUGCGCCGAGGAAAAGGUGGACCUCUAACUGUUGUAGAAUACAGUGAGUUGGAUCCGUCUAUGGCUUCUGCAAUCAAUCAAGGAACUGGACGCCUUCGUUAUUGUUGGAGCAAUGUAUGCCUACACAUGUUUACUCUGGAUUUCCUGAACCACGUGGCAAACGGCCUUGAGAAAGACAGCAUCUACCAUCUUGCUGAGAAGAAAAUUCCUUCAAUUCACGGACAUACAAUGGGAUUUAAACUAGAGCAGUUCAUAUUUGAUGCAUUUCCAUAUGCACCAUCUACUGCACUUUUUGAGGUAUUACGUGAAGAAGAAUUUGCACCUGUUAAAAAUAUCAAUGGGUCGACUUUUGACACUCCAGAAAGUGCUAAACUUCUUAUUCUCCGUCUUCAUUCUCGUUGGGUAGUUGCUGCUGGUGGAUUCUUAACACAUUCUGUGCCUUUAUAUGCAACUGGCGUGGAGGUAUCACCGCUAUGUUCUUAUGCUGGAGAGAAUCUAGAAGCUAUAUGCCGUGGCAGAACCUUUCAUGCUCCCUGUGAGAUUACAUUCUAAACAUGAUUUCUUUUGUACGUUUUAUAUUUGUGCAGCUCCAUUCAAGCAUAAAUUAAUUGAGAAACUCCACCCACAUGUCAUGUUCAUUCUAACCUACAAGAUUGUAGAGUGAACUGCUGAUUAACUGAUGUAUGAAUCAUGUUUUUUGGGGAUGUUUUUAAACAUAAUUCAGUUCUUUCAACUUUUUUUGUCA